CACUGUUUUCUACUCAAGCUCAAAUAUCAGCUCAUUUAACAUAAUUUUUAAUUUUUGACAAUUAAGUACUAUUUUCGUUACCGUAAGAAAAUAAGCCAGUUGGCAACAGAGUGAAAAUAUUUAGUAAGAAAACAUAACAUUGUAUCGAAAAUCUUGUUUAGGGUUCUAUUAGGUAGGAAAUUAUAUUUAGGUAGGAAAUGAAGAUUGGAAUUAGUGUCUAUAUUACGCGUUUGGCCUUUUUCAGCUGAUCUGGUUUGAUUGUAGCCUUCCUUCUGGUUGCAAAAUUCUUGAGGAAUAUUAAGAAAAUGGAACCUAGUUCAAGUUCUUCCAAUAAAUCUAAAAGACCUACAAAGCUAGAAGCAUCUACUGAAUGCUGUGAUGGUGCUAACAGUGCUGAAGGUGGAUUUUCUACAAAAGGUCCUUCAAGAGGAAAGCGUAUGAAAAAAGAAGACAGUGGAAUAAAUGUGAUACCGGAAAGUGAUAGUUCAGAUGAUAGUACUGACUGUGAUCCCAAAACUAGUCAUAUGAAUGGUGAAUGUGAUGCUUUAAAGACAGACUGUAAUCAGUCUGAACUGAGCAGUCCUGAUUCUGGUAAUUUAGAAACCUGUAGCCUUCCUGAGCUAGAGCAUAAAACUGAAAGCAAAGAAGAAGUACUUAACAAAAUGCAAAAAUGUUCCCAAAAAACGGGAAAUGCAUCAAAAAGUGCAGACCGUGUAGAGGAUAUGGAAAGUGAAACAACAGAUACUAAUGUAAAUAUUCAAUUAAACAAUUUAAAAAUGAGAUAUAAAAAGCGACAAUCAACACCAGGGUCAGAUGAUGAUCAUGAUUUUGAAGAGAUAGAUUUAGAGGAUGAUGAAAAAGAUUCAUCUAAGAAUGAUGAGGAAGAUAAAUUGAAAUAUGAUCCUACACCCAAUACUCCUCGACCCAAAUAUUGUUGGUCAGCUCCUAAAUGUGUUGUAUCUCGGCAAUAUGGAUAUUCUUCAAAGUAUUAUCCUGAUCUUUUUAGAUACAAUUGUUAUGGUAGUCUUCAUAUGGUAGAAAGAUUGGAACUAAUGUAUAAAAUGAAACAGCAUGAUGGUUGUGUAAAUGCAUUAAACUUUAAUACAACUGGUACAAAACUUGCUUCAGGGUCAGAUGAUUUAGGUAUAAUUAUUUGGGAUUGGACAAUUUCUAAACCGUUGUUAGAAUACAGUAGUGGUCAUCGAAGCAAUGUUUUUCAGGCAAAGUUUAUGCCAUUGAGUAGUGACUGCUAUAUUGUUAGUUGUGCCAGGGAUGGUCAAGUACGUAUUGGUGAAUUGUCUUCUGAAGGAGUUUGUAAAGGUACACGAAAAAUUGCCCAGCAUAAAGGAGCAGCUCAUAAGCUUGCUGUAACAAUGGAUUCUCCUCAUACAUUUUAUAGUUGUGGUGAAGAUGCGGUAGUAUUUGGAAUUGACAUACGUAAAGAAAAACCAGAUAAGUUUUUAACAUGUAAAGAAAAUGAUAAAAAGAUUCCUUUAUAUUCUUUGCAUAUUAAUCCUCAGAAACCACAUGAAUGUGUUUUAGGAGGAAGAAGUCAGUAUGUCAAAGUUUAUGAUACUCGUUAUUGGAGUCAGAAUGGGUUUGUGAAAAACUACUGUCCUGAACAUCUGGUAGACAAUGAAAUAAGACCUAAUGUGACUUGUGUAGUUUACAACUACAAUGGGCAAGAAAUUCUGGCAUCAUACAAUGAUGAAGAUAUAUAUACAUUUGAUUCAAAAGAAACAGAUCCUAAUAAAUAUUUGCAUCGGUAUAGAGGACAUAGAAAUAGUCAAACUAUAAAGGGAGUUAGUUACUUUGGUGCUAAGAGUGAAUUUAUAGUGAGUGGUAGUGACUGUGGAUUCAUCUUCUUUUGGGAGAAAGAAUCUGAACAUAUUGUAAGAUAUAUGUAUGGUGAUGAAGGAGGAGUGGUGAAUUGCUUAGAACCAAAUCCCAAUAUGCCAGUACUGGCUUCAAGUGGUUUAGAUGAUGAUAUAAAAAUAUGGGUUCCUUCCUGUGAAGAAAUGCCAGAUAUGAAAGGUUUAAGGAAUCACAUCAUUUCAAAUAUGAAAGAGCGAGAUGAAGAUCGGAAAAGGGAAUGCCCAGAUGCAUUUGUGGAUCAGACUAUUUGGUUUUUAAUGCAGCACCUUGCUCGAGCUCGUUCUCGUAGAAGGCCCGUCCUGUGGAGUGAAAUGAAUGGUGAUGCUGCUAGCAGCAACUCAAGUUCCUCUGAUUCUGAUAAUCAGGAUGAAGAAUCAGAAUUUUCACAAGCCAUUCAGUGCAACCAGUCUUAAAUGAGGCCUUUUCUUCAAAUAUGGGGGGGAAAGGCAGUUUCUUGGAUCCUUUUUUUCUUUUUGCUCAGUUUUUUAAGAGAGAGAACUAUUGGAAUGUUAUACUUUAAAUAUAUCAUGAUAAAUACUUUUGUUUAUCCCUUACUCAAAUGCAGUUUGUACAUGUAGUAUUUAUAUUUCAAACAUUAUAUUUCAGUUAUAAAAUAGUUAGAUUAUGCUGCUAAUGUGUAUAUAUUUCAAAUAUGAAAGCAUUAUUGUUUUCAUGAACAGAUGUUGGAGCAUUGUGAUAUUCGAAUUCGUCAAUGUUUGAGAUUAAAGUGUUUGCAUUAUUGUAAAAGUGAACUGAUGAUGAAAUAUCUCAUUCAUAUAUAUGUACAAUAUUUAUUUAAAAAUUAUUGUAAACCUUGAAAUAAAAUUAAUUUUAUACGAA